CCUAUCUAUUGUAUUUACUUCCGUUGGGGACCUUCAGCGAGAUGACCCAGGUGCCUUUCAAGAAUGACGGGAGUUUUCUGGAAUUAUUCAAACAGAUGCAAGCGGAACAGGAACGAGUCUCUUUGGAACAACCCAACUCGGACCUUGUGAAGGCUGUCUCAGCUGGAUGCACUAAUGAGGAUGUGGGGCAAGUGACCUUUGUUAUGGCGAAUCCAGUUUUGAAAACGCAGGUACUCGUGGCUAUUGAGGCGCUUGUACUACGUUUGCGGGGACUUUCCAAAGCACUUUGUGAUGUGGAAAUAAAAAAGUUUGAGGACAGUGUACAGUACUGGUUCCUAACAUUACCAGAGACAAACGAGUACAAAUUUUUUCGCCGCCGUCUCAAGGAAGUGCGGGGACCAAAGACGACUAAACCGGCUACCACUCCUCUGUGUGACAUCCCGCUUCCACCCGCUCCAGAACCGAAAUACAAGGCAGAACAACCAGAUUCAUGUACGACCAGAAAGCGCGCUUCUCGUUGGGGAGAUUCACCACCUCCGAGUGACACAGUGCUUAAAGUUGAAGAACCCACAACUGACAGCGCACUGGACCAUUCCGAAACCAUCGCGAAAGCGCUUGCUGCAGCAAAGGCCGCUGCUGCAGCGGCUGGAAUACAAGGCCAAACGGCAAAGAAAUUCACCGGUGGAAAUAUACUGAGUGACGAGCAGGCGGAGCAAAUUCGUUAUCAGAAAGAGCUGCAAGCCAUGCACGAAUUCAUCAUGGCACAACAACGGCUGAAGUUGAAAGAACAGGAACUGAUGGACCGUAUUUCGGGUCCACAGUACAGCAAAAAGCCCAAAUUGACCAAAGACGGUUUGGUGAUCAAGUACGAAUACGACUCGGAUGAGGAUUGCGAAGGGGGGACCUGGGAACACAAACUCAGGCAAGCAGAAAUGGAUGCAACCCGAGAGUGGGCGGAGAAGCUUAACGAAAUGGGACGUGGGAAGCACCAUAUUGGCGAUUUCCUUCCACCAGAUGAGCUGGAACGCUUCAUGGAAACCUUCAGGGCUCUAAAAGAAGGUCGCGACCCGGACCUAUCGGAAUACAAGCAGUUCAAACUCACGUGUGAAAAUGUCGGCUUCCAAAUGUUGGAGAAAAUGGGCUGGAAGGAAGGUGAAGGGUUGGGUUCUGAAGGCCAAGGGAUUAUAAAUCCUGUUGGAAAGGGCAACGUUCAUAUCGAUGGAGUGGGUCUCGGAGUUGAGCGUCCUUCGAAUCUGGUGAAAGAAGACGAUGAAUAUGAUGCAUACCGCAAGAGAAUGAUGUUGGCUUAUCGGUUCCGUCCGAACCCACUGGUCUUACAUUUCAAAUCGUGCGUUUUUCGCGUUCCACUGAAUGUCAUCUCCUUUGCAUAUACCGUAUCUUCCAUUUUAGCCAGGAGUUCAAGUAGAAUAACCUCUUCGGUCAUCGGAAUGACCACUGCAGGGCAGGCACUUCACGUGUGCCAACGGUGUUGCAAUCCUUUGCGACUUCAUCGUGACUUUGAGAACUUGGAACACGAUAAGGUUUUAGCCUUAGUAGAUGCGCAACGUCCAGAACGGGACGACUCGAGACCACCAAUCAUAAUUCCGGUCAAGAAUUUCGGUACGGAAUAUCCACACUAUGUGGUUCCUCCAAAUCCUGGGACGACAAACUCCGAAGCCGAGGCACUGUCCCUUCUUCGGCGAUACUCUACGCCAGCUGUCGGUUUGGACCAUCGACACAAGGUCAGUUCUGCUCUGUUUGACAUCCUCAGUGGACGAACAGAGGUUGAUCAUCCACUGUGUCAGGACUGUGCAGAUGUUCUACUGACCGCCAGACAACAGUGUUUGGAAUAUCAGGAGGAAGAGUUGAAUUGCUUGCGAUCUUACAUGUCCUAUUUGGACGAAAAAGCAGCGCGGGCUGAAUCAAAAAUCAAAUCAGGUGAGACGCGCAAUAAGGUCAAAGGAUUUUCCGGUUCACAUCCACCUGAGAGCUCUCCAGAUGCUCUUUGUCCAAAGCCACAUGAUCAGGAUGAGACCGAUACGUCUACAUCUAAUUGGCUGAGCUGUUUGAGUCUUUCAGAUCAGCCUGGCACACUUUUCACAUUGCCAUCAAGUUCCGCUCAACCUUCUACGGUUGAUGAUGACGAGCUGUCUUCGUCUGAAAGUUUGGAAGGUUGGAGUAGCGCUUCUGAACUGGACGUCGGUGCGGAAUCACAAGGGCCUCCUCGUCUGGCAUCUGAGUCUCGUUCUGGUGCUCGGCGCCCAAGACGUCGUCUUUCGGAAUUACAGAAGGAAGUUGCCGAACUCCAGGCACAAUUGACCGAUGUUUUGGCAGAAGGAGCAAAGUUAGAUCAACAAGUGACGGAUUGUACUGCGGAGUUAGCACGGCGGACUGAAGAACUGGAUAGGUACGUCAGUGCCCCAUUAUUUUCCCUUCAUCUAGACUUUUACCGUUAUUCACCCUGUCCCUCUUUCGUUCUUACCCUUUUUUAUUUAUAUAUUCCAAUGGUUGAGUACAGAGCCCAAACCCAAUACAAUGAACAAAAACAAAAUCUGAUCGAGGCAGAAGAGGAGCUUUGGUCACUAGACGCUCGCGUUAAAUAUGCGAAACGUCAUCUCGAUCGUCUUCUUCGAACAAACGUUCUCAAUACCGUAUUCCCAAUCUGGUAUUCUGGCCAUUUCGGCAUUAUCAACGGCCUGCAUCUCGGACGCUUAUCGGAUCGUCCAGUUAGCUGGGAUGAGAUCAAUGCCGCCUGGGGUCAGUGCGCCAUGUUACUUCAAUGUAUUGCGCGGAAACUGAAUUACACUUUCCAAGGAAUAUCCUUUGUACUAUGCGACAACUGGGAGGCAGUUGUUUGGAUUUUCAAAUCUGGGCAAUCGAAUCCGGAUUCAGUGUUUGAUGGCCGUGCGAAUCAAGGUUCAAACGACCGAGCCAACGUCUUCAUCUCCUCACAGUCUCAAAUAAAUCUCCCCAUGUCGGCAAGCAACCAGUUUACUGACCAAAAGGUCCCAUCCACUACCAUGAUCACUUACAUCCUUGUUGGCAUCGGUUGCCUCGCCGUCGUACUUUUUAUCAUCAACGGAGUGAUUUUAAUGCUAGUUCGACGUCGACGUCAACAGCGCGAUCAAACAUCUCGAUUGGGACGUUCCGCGUCGGUCAAAGUUAAGAAGGGACCUCUUGACCUGUACAACGUGGAAACUAAUGACAUCACAAAACCCAGUGGUGCGCUUCAAUAUUACUCCGCAAGGUCACCCCAUAACUGUCGGCCAGAGACCUAUCUACCAAGCUAUUCUGAUGGUCAUGGUUGCCCACUAUUGAUGGAAAGUUCUUCACCCUGUCCACCAGACGUGGUUCCGCUUGCAGCUGGGCUUAGUUGUAGCAGCAUGGGCAGUGCUAACAGCGCUGCAAUGGCUGGUAGUCUGAAGCAGUCCCUUCUGAUGGAACCAACUAUGAAUCCAUACAUGAUUACCUCAGACGCUUCAUCCACCGGUCGGUUUCACACGCCAUUAAACUCACAGUCUCCGAAUAUGGGCCCCUGCAACAUGCCGCUUGCUCAUCCAGUGGGAAUGCAAGUGAAUAUGUCGAGUCCAAAAGGGAACUGGAAUCAACACCCUGCUAGCUUCAAUGCCAAAUAUUACCAAUGCCUAAAUUCAGGGAUACCACAUGCGCCACCAAUGCCACUUGGAUGGCCUUCUCAUCAUUCGCCGACGGCUAGCAAUCCAUGCAAUAUCGGUUACACCAGUGGCCUUGGAUCAGUUGGGACAGCGGAAGGUUGCAGUGAUGAGGGUGUGGCAUCUGGAUUUGAGGUGAUUAGUCUUUCCCAAGAGCUUGUGCAUUCUGUUGGGAAGGAAGACAAUAAUUUCCAGCACGUGAUCAGUUUUGGCUUGCAACCACAACGCCAACAGUUUUGCGGUAUUGCUCGCAGCAUCACAGGAGGCACAAACAGUACAAACAGCGCUGGAAGUACGAGCGGGGCGCUUCCAAACCGUACGUUAACAUCAGCUUUUAAACGUAGUCCAACGAGUGGGAUCGGAGCAGGUAGUCUUAGUGGGGAAAGCAGUACAGGAGAAUCAAACGAAUGCCGUCAGAAACUUAGGCGACCCGACUCAGUAGGAUUGUCUGAUUUGGAUCCUAACACAAGGUUAAAUCAUUUUUCCAUUGGUUCUCCUGAUCGAGUCUUUGUGCGAAGACAAACCAGCUCACCUCAACAGUAUCCCGUAGACAAUUUAAAGCCAACCUUGCCAUCAGAAGAUCCUGAUUCCAACCAUCUGACUCGGUCAAGUCGCUCGAAUCAGAUGUCAGAAAGCUUCACAAAUUCCGUGUCUGUGGUACAGCGUUCUCCCCACAAUAUCAGGAAUGUCUGCCACAAGAAUCUAACCACGUCUGGUCAGCCUAGUUCCACCGAACGCCUGGAGUCAGCCGGGAUAAAGUACACCGAUACCAAGGCGUCCAGUCAUGAAAACAUGGGCUAUUGCUUGGCUGAUGCAUUUGUCAAGUCAACCGAGGAUCGAGUUUCCAACGAAUUUGAUGAUUCUCCUGUCCCCUUACCGCCAGUCUUACUCCUCAACAGUCAGGUACGUUUUGACGCGGCAUUGUCUUCACAAAAUCAAAGCGCUUUUAACAAUCCUGGAGGAGCGCAUUCAGUGCCAGAAAAUCGGAUUCCAUUAGGUUCAUAUAAACGUAGUGAAAGUUUUGGGAUGGCAACCAAGCAAACCGCGAGUAAUAUUCCACUGGCUCAGUUGACCACCAUACCCUACUCACUGCUAACGGCGAAGUGCAACGGUGGUGCACAAUUCACGAGUUCUGUGGAUGAGAUGGUUGGAGACAUGUCUGAUGAGGUCAGCUCUGAGUCGAAAGCCAGUUCGGCAUUCAAGAAAGAGGCCAGUCCGUUCACAGCGACCAAAUUGCUUCCAACUAGUCAGGAACUCUUUACAAAUGACGUGUAUUUGCAUAAAAUCCCCGCGCCGGAAUUUU